GCUGAGGGCCCCCUGGCGCUGCUGCAGGCGGCGGCUCUCUUUGACUUAACUGCGAGGCCCAGAAGUUUAGAUGUGGAGAGCAUUACAGCAGCGGCUCAGGCUCUUUACGACACCCGGGACCAGUGGCAGCGCGAAACCCUAAACCCUGUUUUAGGGUUUCUCUCUUCUUCCCCGCUGCUGUCGCGUCUGCCGCCUCCUCUGAAUUCCUUUUUUUCUUCUUUUGCUUUUCUGCCGCCUUCGCCGCUUCCUCCCGGUCCCCACAGGCUGUCUUCGCUGGACCUGCUGCAGCAGCUGCAGCAGGCCAAGGCCAGCAGCAGCAGCAGCGGGGCCGUUGUUCCUGUGCAGGAGCGCAUCUUUAAUUGCAUUCGGCAGUGGCCGGAGGUGUCUGUACACCCCAAUGUCUGCGUGGGCAGCUGGGCCUUUGCUGACAUGGCCGUCGACUUGGCUUCUUUGGCUAGGCACAUGCAGCAGCAAGAAGCAGCAGCAGCAGCAGCAGCAGGGGAAGAUGUGGCCAGCAGCGAGGAGCCUUUGAGCGGAUUUGAAAUGGAAGAAGGAGCGGCAGAUGCAGCAGCAACGGAGGCAGCAGCAGAGGCAGAGCAAGAACCGGAACAGGCGGCAGCAGCAGCAGCAACAGUCGAACCAGGAGCAGUUGCAACAGAGCCUACAGCAGCUGCAACAGAAGCAGCAGCAGCUGCAGCAGAGCCCGCAGCAGCAAGGGGGCGUCGGUCGAGGCGCAGCGGCGCUAAGCAGAUCAGCCUCUCGAAGCCCCCAAACCAACCAGCAGCAGCAGCAGCAGCUGCUGCUGCUCGUCCUUGCUACAUGUUUGAUGCAGCAGGACAGCCAUUUGUUUGCUGCUCUGUGUCUGCUGCUUCGCACUUGUUGGUGUUGGUGCUGCUGGAGUGUCACGACUUCCUCGAGGUCUCUAGACACCCCAAAAAAGCAGCAGCAGAAGACGCAGCAGCAGCAGAAGACCCAGCAGCAGCAGCAGCAGCAGAAGCGCCACUUGCUGCAGCAACAAGGGCCAAACUCAAAGCCCUCCGCAGCUGGGGAUGGCCAGUUGUGUGCAUUCGGGAAAAGGCCUGGAGGCGGGCGGAGAAGCUGGACGAGAAAGAAAUGGAAAUACAAAUAAAAAAUAAGAAAGAAAAUAAAAAUAAGAAAGAAAAUGAAAAUGAAAAUGGAAUUAAAAAUCAAAAUGAAAUAAAAAAUUGUCUUUAUUUCCACCGCAAACAGCUCUUCUUCAGCCUCGUGGCUGCGCUGGCUGAAGAAGAAAAUGAAUAA